AUGGCCCAGAACCAGGCAGCCUGGAUUACUGCACCUGCAGCAUAUCCCUUUACUAUUGACACUGCGCCCAUACCUAAACCCGGUCCAUGUGAAGUCGUGAUCAAGAAUGUCGCUGUUGCUAUCAACCCCGUUGACUGGAAGAUCCAGAGUUUGGGCCGCUAUUUGGAAAAAUACCCCUUUGUUCUGGGGGAGGAUGCGGCUGGAACUAUCGAAGCUGUUGGCUCUUGUGUCUCUCGUUUCAAGAAGGGUCAGCGUGUCAUCGCUCAUUGCAACGGCCUCAUGACACAGGACCCCGCCAGUGCAGCCUUUCAGCUAUACCCUGUUGUCACCGAGUCUCUGGUGGCCGAACUACCCGAUUCCGUUACGUUCGAACAAGGCGUCGUACUGCCAUUGGCGAUCUCGACAGCGUGUGCUGGACUUUACCGAGAGGAUUAUCUUGGCCUACCGUUGCCUGCCGCCACGGAUGUGAAGCCGGCUGGCCAGACAAUUUUGGUAUGGGGAGGGGCAUCUUCAGUUGGCGUGACAGCCAUUCAGCUUGCAGUGGCAUCGGGCCUUACUGUUCUGACCACUGCUUCUGCAGCGAAUCAUGACUUGGUCAAGUCUCUGGGUGCACACAGUGUAAUUGAUUACAGGUCCCCUUCCAUUGUGGAAGAUGUUGUAAAUGCGCUUGCUAACACCAACUUCGUCGGGGUCUAUGACGCAAUUUCGGAAGACGUCAGCUUCAGCGCUAUUUCAGCAAUCCUGGAUGAACUAAACACGACAGUGAAAGUUGCCAGUGUCAUGCCUUGCAACAAGUCAACUGAAAGAUUUGCUCCGAAAUAUGUCAUUGCAUACUCGAUUAUCGAAGACCCACAUCAUGGUAUUGGCGAAUGGGUUUGGAGCAAAUACGUACCACAGGCUCUGGCAAAUGGAAGUCUUCAGUCUAAACCCGAUCCCUUUGUUGUGGGGAACGGACUCAAAGACAUUCAACAUGGACUCGAUGUGCAAAAGAAGGGCGUGUCGGCUAGAAAAGUGGUUAUUGUUCUUUAA